UGAUUAUGAAUGUAAUCACUGAUAGAAUGAGCGAUCAUUUGGAGUCACGUGACGUAAAUUGAGUGACAGAUUGUCACGAGUUUGACAACAAUUGAUGUAACGGUCGAUACAUUGACACUGUUAUGACUGUCACCACAUCUGAUACCAUAUUGUCUAUAAUUGAAAUUAUUAUUGAAGACAAUCUAUUAUGAGUUCAAUGACAUCAUUAUCGCCGAUAUCUCCGAUAUCUGUCAAAUCGUCGGACAAUUGGUACAAAUCGUAUGCUUUUGUAACUCUGGUCAUGAAGAGUGACAAAUACAUUGCCGGCGCUCUUGUAUUGGCUGAAAGUUUGCGUCGGACGCGAACCAUGUGUUCAUUGGUCUGUAUGGUUACCAGUGAUGUAAGUUGUUGUGCCGUCAAAGCGCUCAAGAAGUGGUACGACUAUGUGUGGACAGUGCCGUAUAUCCGUCACCGAUGCGUACGGUUCCGGACACGCCGUCAAAGAGAUUUGUAUGAAGAAUGGAUUGAGUCGUCGUUCACUAAAUGGAAUUGUCUUAACCAACAAAUGUUUGGUCGAUUUGAUAAAGUCUUGUUCAUUGACGCAGAUAUGAUGACAAUCGUCAACUGUGAUCAACAAAUAUUUAGUUUAGAGCCGCCGGCCAUGACUUUUUCGCUUCCGUGGGCUAAGCCAUAUAGUCCUCAUGGUAUUGACAAUCCAUACGGAGAGUUAAAACAUGGAUCAGAUGUUGAUAUUGAGUUAUUGAAACGGGGUUUCCAUUCUUUCUUAGGCAUUGGAUCUUUAGUUUUGCUAAGACCAGAUCAACGAAUGUUUCAUCAAAUGCUAAAUAUUUUACGUAAAGACUUUUAUUUUGGUUCUAAUGAUUGUUUUAGUGGUUUUGAUGAACAGUUAAUAUGUGGGACUUAUUUGUCACAAAAGCAGACCUUUCGUCACAUUCAUCAGUGCUAUAACUGGUGUGUCAGCAAAUGGGAGUGGCUUUCGGCCGCCGGUGAAGGAGACACUCAACCAAAGAUUGUUCAUUUUUAUGGCGACCAAAAGCCAUGGUUUACAAGUCGUGAUUAUCAAUGGAGUGAUACGAGUCAGUGGUGGACAUUCGCAGACCAUAUCAUUACUAUUGACCACUCCGUCAGAGUAUUCUUUGAAAUAGACUUUUAAUUGAUUUACUAUUUGUUAUUAUAAUUAAUUCAUUUUUUUAAUUUAAU